UCCGCAACGGCAGCAUUUGCUCGGGCGCAGUGUGAGUUCACGUGCUUAAAUGAUAUCGUAAAGACCUCUUUUAUUUUUAGUACUUAAAUUAUUUUUUAAAAAAAUGUUUAUCAAAUUAAGUGUUAUCAUUUCUUUCCUUCAUCUUACCAUCGCCCAGACGCAAAAUCACGACUGGGAGUUGGCUGUAGUGACGAGCGAUAAAAUCGAAUUGUUGUUAUCAAAUGGGUCGAUGAUUGGGUCAGCGUUUGAACAAUUCAACAAACUGAAAGCACUAACGUUUGAUAACAUACGGCAUCAGUUCGUUGUCAGUGACAUGGACCAACAAAACGACACGAUCUUUUCUGUUCAACUUACCAAAGAGACUGAUGUGACAUCCAUCAUCGAAGAUCUUCCAGACGAUGUCCAGGGAUUAGCGAUAGAUCCCAUUUCUGAUAUUUUAUACUGGACCGAUUCAAUUAAUAAGACCAUUAAUUAUGUACGUUUAAACGAACCUGCUUACAAAUCAAACAUUCUUUUUGCGUUUACAGAUGAGAGUCCGCAGGACAUUACCAUCGAUGUGUGUCGCCGGUACAUUUACUGGACGAACUCAGAUAUCAACAAGCCAACGAUUGAAAGAGCCAGACUGGACGGUUCCCAGCAUGAGGUCUUGAUAGACACAGGUCUGCACAGACCUGCGGGCAUCUCAAUCGACUACAAAACGCAAAGACUCUUCUGGGCCGAUGUCAAGGAAGGCAUUUAUUACAGCAUCGAAAGUACAAAUUUGGAGGGCAAAGAGCGCGAAGUUGUGUAUGAAGGGACGCACUCGAAGCCCUUCGGCGUGGCUGUUGACUCAGACGCCGUCUACUGGACGGACAUCAACAACAACGUCUUGUGGAAGAUAAACAAGCACGACAAAGACUCAGUUCCUGAACGCCUUCGUCACUUCAAGGAGAAACCCAUGGGAAUCAUUGCCAAAAACGUGCAAGUCUCUAGUUUCCCCGACUGUGAGGAGCUGUCAAAAGCCAUAAGUAGUUACAACAAGUCGGUGGAGGAGGUGUUCAAGCACGGGUCGCAAGAGAGUGACGAAGAGCCAGAAGAGGCGGUUUGCCUCAAUGGUGGGUUUCUAGUCGACGGUAAAUUCUGCCAUUGUCCUCGCGGUUACGCUGGGAAAUCCUGCGAAAUAUCUUUAUGCUACAAUUAUUGUGUUCAUGGCGAGUGCUAUGCCUCGUCUCUGGGAUAUCCUCAAUGUCACUGCCUCAAGGGUUUUGGGGGGAAGAGGUGCAGCAAGGAUAUGUGUGACGGGUUUUGCUUAAAUGGAGGAGUGUGCAAACGAGGAGGAGAAUUGCCUGUGUGCGAGUGCCAGGAGGGAUUCACUGGCCGCAGAUGUGAAAGUACACUUGACAUCUGCGAGGCGUUUUGUCAAGACCGGCAAAAUGAUGUUUUGAUAACACAGAAAGAAGUUGUUUGUAGAUGUGUGGAUGGAUAUCCUGACGUUGUUAAGUCAAAUUUUUCCUCACUUCCACUGUUAUCGUCUCAAGACGAGCAUCCAGCCUUUUUCGACCACUUCCAAGACACGGCAUUUUUAGUCCUGUGUUGUCUGGUGUUCAUAUUGUUGGUUGUGUCGGUCGUGUUGGCAGCUUUUGCUUGCUCCUUGCGUAGAAGGAGACCGAGGAUUAAGAAGCGAAUUAUAGUGAAUAAAAAUUUCACACAACUGACUAACAGGCCACGAGCGUCAGAACAGUGUGAAAUAACUAUAGAAAAUUGCUGCAAUAUGAAUAUUUGUGAAACGCCUUGUUUUGAGCCGCCUCAACUGCCAUGUCUGCAAAACAAGAACGACGACAAGAAGAAAUUGCUAUCGAAUAUGGAAAACGGUGAAGAACUGUGCUGAAACUAUCUAUAUUAGAUAGGCUGUGACUUCCAAAAAGUAUUAAGUUGUUAAGUUUGCUAUUUAUAUUAGAAACGAAGACUAAGUAAAUAUCUGACGUAAAACCGAGCACUGCACACAAAACCGCGUUAUAUAAUAUUUAUAUAAUUCAUUUACGGGCAACUUUGCGUUUUGUGUGUUGUUCCUCUUAUAAUUUUGACUUGAAACACAUUCCUGGAAUCCUGUGUGACUCGAAAAUGUUUCCAUGACAAGACAAAUAUUCAUACGUAAGAACCUUGGUUUAUUCGAGGUCGUGGACACCGACCAUUCUGCGUUUCACAAAUCUUUAGCAAUCAAACUGCAGCAAGAGUUGUGGUACUUAAGAUACAACCAAAAAAUUGUUAACUGACACCAAAAAUUGGGACUCGUUUUUUGUAUUUGGUGCAAUAGGUUUACAAACUAAUUGGGUCAGUUUAUUUGUGAUAGUGAAAAUUUUGGCGUAGCUGAACGAAUUUUUAUUUUAGUUGUUUUAUUUGCUGAAUCUUAAAUUUUUCUUAGUUUCAAGGUUGUGAGUAGGUUAGUUAAAUUGGCCAAAUAGCAACUGAUAAAAGGUGCCUGUAAGGUUUGAAGUAGCAAGAAAUGAUAAUUGUGAAUAAUUGUUUGCAGACAUAAUCAUCAUUUCGGGCCUAGAAUCAUGUAAUGAGUCUAAUUGGAUGUAGCAAUUUUUUAUUGAUUCAUUUAAAAUAAAUCAAGUCUUAAUGGUGCAUCCAUUUAAAUUACUUAAGUGGGUGUGGUUUGUAAUAUCCACAUCAGAAAUGUGAUAUUAUAACUAUGUAGCUCUAUUUUUCAAAUGUAUAUAAAUUUUUUAAUAAACAAAAAAUGUUGAAA